AUGAAAGAGAGAGAGUCCAGACGAUCUCCGGAAAAGAUUCCUGUGACGUCAAAUUUCCGACUCAGAAGGGGAGAUUCACUGGGCUCACCUGCACCUGCUCCAUUGCGACGUAUUCCACAGGAACCAAGCUAUGGAGAGGAUUCCAGUGAACGUGGGAGAUCGAUGGUUGAAGAUAAAUACAAGGAGACCGAGCGCAAAAUAGAUGAAGCUAUUCGUCACUACACACCGGAGUAUUUCAAAAAGAGAAUGAGUUUAUCACCAACUUUACCCUUGUGGAAAUGCGAGUUGUUGGCCAGGAAGCUGUCCAGUGAAAAGAUACAAAAAGUUCAAGAAGAAGCUUGGGUAUGGUUUCUCUUCUGA